AAAAUCAUGGACUGUUGAUAGAAAUCCUAAGAGAAAGGAAGAAAUUGAAACGUGCUGAACUGAAAAAUCUAGGAUAUUUCUAUAUUUAUUGGCGAAUGCAGGACCAUGGAGAGAGUCAAUCAAACCAGCAGUGUCUCCGAGUUCAUUCUCCUGGGACUCUCCUCCCGGCCUGAGGACCAGAAGCCACUCUUUGCCCUGUUCUUCAUCAUGUAUGUGGUCACCUUGGUGGGAAACCUGCUUAUCAUCCUGGCCAUCCGCUCUGACACCCAGCUCCAGACACCCAUGUAUUUUUUCCUUAGCAUUUUAUCCUUUAUCGAUGUUUGCUAUACAACCACCAUCGUCCCCAAGAUGCUGGUGAACUUCCUGUCAAAGAAGAAGUCCAUUUCCUAUGCUGAGUGUAUGACCCAGAUGUAUUUCUUCUUGGCCUUUGCCAACACAGAAAGUUACCUCCUGGCAACCAUGGCCAUUGACCGCUAUGUGGCCAUCUGUGACCCUUUCCACUACGUCACUGUCAUGAGCCAUCGCCGUUGUGUCCUGCUGGUGGCCUUCUCCUGCUCCAUCUCUCACCUCCAUUCCCUCUUACUGGUUCUCUUGAUAAACCGUCUUCUCUUUUGUGACUCCAAUGUCAUCCAACACUUCCUCUGUGACAUCAACCCUCUGCUGAAAUUGUCCUGCUCCUCCACUUUUGUCAAUGAAAUUGUAAUUAACACAGAAGGACUGACAACCUUGGUGACUCCCUUUAUAUGUGUGAUCAUCUCUUACUUACGGAUUCUCACGGCUGUUCUUAAGAUCCCUUCAGCAGCUGGGAAGCAUAAAGCUUUCUCCACCUGUGGCUCCCACCUCACCAUGGUGACACUCUUUUAUGGAAGCAUUAUUUACGUUUAUUUCCGGCCCCUGUCCACCUACACCAUCCAGGACCGGGUGGCAACGGUCAUCUACACAGUUUUGUCCUCCAUGCUGAACCCUUUUAUCUACAGCCUGAGGAACAAAGACAUGAAGCGGGGCCUGGGAAAGCUGAUGAGCAGGAGGGUGUCUUAGGCAGCACCCCUGUGCACAUGCUCAAGAGUGAGUCUUCCUGCAGGCCCCCAUUUCUGAUGAUUCCUGGUGUGUAUGUCAAGUUUCUUGGGUUUAGCAUACCUAAGGCAAGAGUUCAUAAGAAAUGGUGUAGGUCCACUGGACAACU